AUGGGAUUUCAUCUCUUUCCCAUUAUUACAUUUCUCAUGGCUUCACUAGUGGCAACUAAUAAUGCUGAAUUGUCUCCUCAAAUUUAUUGGAAGUCCUUGCUCCCAGAAACUCCAAUGCCAAAGGCAAUCACCAGUCUGCUACACCCUACAGGUUUGCUGAAUGAGAAAUUCACCUCAGUGGAUUACGAAGGAGAUGGCACCGACGUCAACGUUGGCGGAGGAAACGGAGGAGUCUCCGUGGGAGCUGGGAAAAGAGGAAAGCCAGUACACGUCGGCGUAGGGUACUCUCCAUUUGACUAUGUAUAUGCAGCUACAGAGACACAGUUACAUCACGAUCCCAACGUCGCGCUUUUCUUCUUAGAAGAGACCUUGCAUCAUGGAUCACAGAUGAACCUGCACUUCACCAAACCUUCCAAUCUACCAUCCUUCAUUCCUCGCCGACUCGCAGAUUCCAUUCCCUUCGCGUCAACCAAGGCGAAGGAAAUAUUCAAGAAAUUAUCCAUCAAACCAGAUUCGGACGAUGCCAAAAGCAUGAUAAAUACAAUAGUCAGUUGCGAAAAGCCUGCGAUCUCUGGAGAGGAAAAGCAAUGCGUGAAUUCUUUGGAGUCCAUGGUUGAUUUCUGCGUUUCCAAGAUUGGGAAAAAUGUUGCGGCGGUUUCUACCGAAGUGAGCAAAGAAAGCGUUUUACAAAAGUAUACGGUUACCAAAGGAGUGAAGAAACUUGGAGAAAAGGAGGGAGUUGUGUGCCAUUUACAGAAUUACCCUUACGCGGUAUUUUAUUGUCAUGAAACAGAGACCAUUGAAACUUAUUAUGUGCCUUUGGAGGGUGCUGACGGGAGCAGAGUUAAAGCAAUAGCCGUGUGCCAUACUGACACAUUGGGAUGGAACCCAAAGCACUUGGCCUUCCAAGUUCUGAAAGUUGAGCCUGGAACUCUUCCAAUUUGUCACUUUCUUCCUGAGGACCAUGUUGUUUGGGUUCCAAAGUAAAAAGAAACUCAUGGAUACUAUUUGUGAAGUCGUUUAAUAACUACUUAGUUUCAUAAUUGAACUGAAAGAACUGUUCUACUUCUAAUUCUUUUCUUUUCUUAGUUUGUUGAACACUUCACUUUCUCUGUACAUUGCAAAAUCAAUGUCUAGGUACAGAGGAAAAAAAUGGACAAUUAAUUAAGAAUGGAGGAAGUGAUAGUAACAUUCUGCUCCGGUUCAUUUUACUGUUUUAUUAAUUCUGUAUUUGCUUAUGAUGAAUUGUGAUGUACUAUAUAUAUAUAUAUAUCGAAGACUUUUCAUUCGCAUGAAAAUCUUGUAUUUUGAUUUGGGAUUGCAGUGGUUGUAUAGUGUA